GUAUGGUUAAGUUUCUCUCUCUUUCUCUCUCAAGAUCUAAAUUCGCGCCCCCACAGAAUUUAGGGGCGGGUUUAUAGUUGAAAUGUAAAUGCAUAGUGGUCCACAACAAAAACGCUUCUCACAACAGAACAGAAAGCGUUGGCUAGUUUCGGUCAUUGACGGUGAAACACGUUAACUUGAUACCUGAUGAUAGCGUAAUGAACGACGCUUAGCAGAACUGCCAGCUAGAACUUGUGUCGCUAGCUAAUUGACAUAUUGACGUUUGUUGUGUAUACACGAGGGGGUAUGAAUGACAACUUUAGGAAAACACGUCCCAAGAUUUUGCUGCGAGUGUGUGCUGUGACAUAUGUUAGCUUGAGCUCUGCGUUAGCCAACUCGAAUUUGUGCUAAGUUAUGGCUGCUCGUAAUGGAUUCUGUAAGAAAUCCUACAUUGUCGCCGUUGAUGUAGGGACAACAACAAUUAAAUGUCACGUGUAUGAUAAGGAAGCUAACGUAAGAGGAUCCUGCUCGAGAAAGGUGUGUCCCUUAUAUCCCAAACCGGGUUAUGUCGAAAUUGAUCCAGAGGAAGUAUGGCUGAGUUUCGUGGCGGUGGUAAAAGGUGCUGUUCAAGACGCAGGCUUGCAAAUGAAACAAAUCCAAGCUCUCGGAAUAUCCACUCAGAGAGGAACCUUCACUACAUGGGAUAAAAACACUGGAGUGCCUUUUCAUAACUUCAUCAGCUGGCAAGACCUGAGAGGUGUAGAGUUGGUUGCCUCAUGGAAUGCGUCUUUCACGAUGAAGGUUAUCCAUGGUGUGUCUAAAAUACUGCAUCUCGUCACGAGGCAGAAGCUCUUCCAGGCGGCCAGCAUCAUGGUCUUCUCCCCCCAGCACGUCACCUUCCGACUGGCCUGGGUCCUGCAGAACUGCCCCGAGGUUCAGAAGGCUGUAAUAAAUGGAACUUGCUGCUUUGGAACCAUUGAUACCUGGCUGCUGAAUAGACUUACAAAGGGAGCCGCACACCUCACUGACUAUUCCAAUGCGAGUGCAACCGGAGUGUUUGAUACAUACCAGAUGUGCUGGAGUGGGCUCCUGUGUUCCCUCGUCUCUCUUCCUCUGAGUAUCUUCCCCACAGUAGAGAACACGGGCUUCUUCUUUGGACGUACAGAUGAAAUCAUCUUUGGUGUGCCUGUUCCCAUCAUGUCACUGAUGGCAGACCAGCAGGCAGCCAUGUUUGGAGAAUGCUGCUUUGACAUAGGAGAUGUGAAGAUCACCAUGGGAACAGGAACGUUCAUGGACAUCAACACAGGAAAUGAACCGCACACUUCAUUCACAGGUCUCUACCCAAUCGUUGGCUGGAAGAUUGGUUCAGACGUGACAUACCUGGCAGAGGGCAACGCCGCAGACACUGGCACUGCCAUUCAGUGGGCACAAGAACUGGAGCUCUUCUCUGAGGUGAGCAAGACAGCAGAGAUGGCGAAUGCCCUGGAGGACUCUGACGGAGUGUGUUUCGUGCCGUCCUUCAGUGGCCUACAGGCACCUUUAAAUGACCCGGCCGCCUGCGCUGCCUUUAUGGGCCUGAAACCCUCCACCACCAAGUCACACUUGCUGCGGGCCAUCCUCGAGUCGGUGGCAUUCAGGAACAAACAGCUUUAUGAUAUCAUGAUGCGAGAGACAAGGGUACCCAUCACAAAAAUCAGGGCAGAUGGAGGUGUGUGCUCCAACAACUUCAUCAUGCAGUUGACGGCUGACCUGUUGGGCAGGAAGAUCGAUCGGCCAAAUCAUUUCGACAUGUCCAGCCUGGGGGCCGCGUUUGUUGCCGGACUGGGAUCGGGCUUCUGGAAGAGUCCGGAGGAGCUGAAGAAGCUGAGGAGCACCGAGCGCGUCUUCCUGCCCAGCACUCUGUCGCACUGUCACGCCACCAGCCUCCACAGCUGGGAGAAGGCACUGCGCCGCUCCAUGCACUGGUACAGCCACGCCUGAAGGGGGCGCUGUCCUCUCAACCUAAUCCACAAUCCUCACAAGAUGAAGUUGGUGUCAAAGCCUUAUGUGCCAUGCAGGUAGUGGUCCAGUGCAGAGGGAACUCAGGAUGUUUAUAGUUUUUGGUAAUUUUUAUGGUUAACAGUGUCACAGAGAAUUGGUGAAUUGGUGCUAGUUUUCAACAACUCUUGAACAGUAUUAUAUAACAGAGUGGACUGUGCAGACUUCUUUUCCUGAAGGAAAAAAAUAUAUAAAUAAUGUUUUCGCCAUCCAGCUACUACUAUCAAGUAGUAAUGUACUGUGUAAUGUAAUGUGAGCAAACAAGUUGAAGGUUUACAGCCUGACAAUCCCCGGCCCCCCCCUGCACACACACAUUUUGGACACUGCGAUGGCCUCAUCUGCUAACAAGAUUACCUCAUGUCACAGUCUCUCAGUAACAGAUACAGUGCCUUCAUUAGAUGUGUGUGUGUGUGUGUGACCCUGUGGCCACUCAUCCAUCAGACCAAGUGAACUUUCUCCCACCUCCCUGAGUGGAAGUUCCAACUAGCCUCACCCCCCCACCCCCCCGGACGCUUCAGUGAGCGGGGGAGGAGGCCUCUGUGAGCUGCAUAGUUGUGUGUGUGUGUGUGGGUGUGAGUGUGUGUGUGUGUGUGUGGGGGGGGGGGGUAAUCAGGAGGUGGGAGGCUUUGAGUCUUUGCACAGGGACGCAAUAUGGCGAUAUGGGAUGGAUACACCCUGAGUAUUUGGGGGCUGCAACAGCCAACAGGAAAUCCUCCUCUUGAUGACUCCUGGGAAGACAGCCUGGAAAGAUGAUGACGUUAGCUUGUCCCAGGGGCGCUUAUGCUUUUUCUUUUUUUCUUUUUUUUCUGCUGUUAUUUGAAAUGCUCUUGAUAUGCCGAGCAGAAAUUGCCAGAACAACAAGAGUUUAACAUCAUUAACAAGCAUUUUGCCAGAGAACUGUACACUAACUUAAUGUUUUUACAGUACUGUGAACUUUCAGAAUUAUAUCAAACGUAUAUGUGUUAUGUGAGUGUCCUUGAAGUACUUGAAGGUCAUAUGAAUAUCUAAUUCUCCGUAAUGUAUUCAGAUGAUUGGGUACACGGUUCUGUGUAUUUCUCUCUUCUCUCGUCUGUCUGCUUUUCACUGCCCUAAUCCCUCUUCCAUUCCGGCGUGGUGCAGAGGGAGACAGGUGACACCUGGAGAGCAGGUGUGGCCUCAGGGGUGUUCUGGGGCUACCACUCCCCUACAGGUUCACUGCCGUAUCUGAGUGCCCCAUCAGCGCUGGCUUUAACUGACUGCGUGGUGUGAUGUGUGUGUGUGUGUGUGUGUGAGACUGUGUGUGCCCUGAAUGUGUGCACAAACAAGCCAGAUGUGGUUUCCCACACACACCCGCCAUGAGUUCAGGCUCAUCUGCUCCUGGAUUGUUUUUAGUGCAAAGAAACCAUGAAAACCUCUUUUAACACAAUCAUGAGCUAGAAACAAUAUGGAUAGACCCAAGACAGUUUAAACUGUGUCUUUUCAUCUCACUAUUUGGUAUGUUUUUCUUGUAAUGAAAUGAUAUGAAGGUAUGUCACAUUUUUAUGAUUACUUUAUUUAACAUGUUGUUUAAAGUUUGCGAAAGUGACUUUUUAUCUCAACUAUUCUGCAUCCACAUGGGUCAUUUAUACUACUGACAAUAUGAAAAUAUGAAGGUAUGUCAUAUCACUUUUUGGUUAUGUUUCAGUGAAAUAUUUUGAAAGUAUGAUACAUUUCCUGACUUUCUUUAACAUGGUGUGAAAGUAUGCAAGUAGUUUUUGUAAAAAUGAUUUUGCAAAAUGUGAUUGUUUUCUACGUGAUUUGGUUCAGCUAUAUUAAACCCCCAUUAAUCACA